UUGAAGCAAUUACGGUCACGGAGGGGGCGAGGGAGGUAUAUCGCUCUCGUUUCCCGCCCUUACAUAUCAAGCCCCGCCAAAAUUCCCUUCAAGUUUUUUUUUCGAUCUCUCAGUAGAACUGAAGAAGUUGUGAGGCAAGAGGAGAGAAUAUACGUUUUGGAAGAGAAAGAGAAGUAAUGGAGGGAGGGACAGUCCAGAUAAAUUGGCACGACACGAAGCCCGUUCUAACCCUAGAUUUUCACCCAAUCUCAGGACUCCUCGCCACCGGCGGCGCCGAUUUCGACAUUAAGCUUUGGUUGAUAAAUUCACGCGAAUCUCAGAAGAAGAUCCCCACUGCGUCAUACCAGAACAGCCUUUGCUACCACAGUUCUGCUGUGAAUACCCUUCGUUUCUCCCCUUCUGGAGAACAGCUUGCUUCUGGUGCUGAUGGUGGUGAGCUUGUCAUAUGGAAAUCACACUCCACAGAAAGCGGCCAGACAUGGAAAGUCCUCAAGACUUUAUCGUUUCACCGCAAAGAUGUACUGGACCUGCAGUGGUCUACUGAUGGUGAAUUUCUCAUCUCUGGAUCAGUCGAUAAUUCUUGCAUCAUAUGGGAUAUUAACAAGGGGUCUGUCUCUCAGAUACUGGAUGGUCAUUGUCAUUAUGUUCAAGGAGUGGCUUGGGAUCCCUUGGCCAAGUAUGUUGCUUCUCUUAGUUCAGAUAGAACUUGCAGAAUUUAUGUAAAUAGGCCUCAAAGAAAAACAAAAGGGGUUGAGAAGAUGAAUUAUGUUUGCCAGCAUGUUAUUGCAAGGGCGGAACAGCAACCACUGGAUGAUUCUAAGUCUUCAAAAAGCUAUUAUUUCCAUGAUGAAACAAUGCCAUCUUUUUUCCGAAGAUUAGCCUGGUCGCCUGAUGGAUCAUUUUUAGUUGUCCCAGCAGGCUCUUACAGAAUUGGACCUUCAUCUGAAUCAGUGAAUGUUGCCUAUGCAUUUUCCAGAAAGGAUCUUUCCAGACCUGCCCUACUGUUUCCUGGUGCUAGCAAGCCAAUAGUAGCAGUUCGUUUCUGUCCAAUGGCUUUUAGACUUAGGGGAUCAAACUCAGAUGGGUUCUUUAAGCUUCCUUAUCGGCUAAUUUUUGCAGUAGCAACUUUGAAUUCAUUGUACAUUUAUGACACAGAGAGUGUUCCUCCAAUAGCAAUUGUGGCUGGUCUUCACUAUGCAGCCAUUACUGAUAUUUCUUGGUCACCCAAUGCCAGAUUUUUAGCUCUGUCGUCCCAGGAUGGAUACUGUUCUUUACUCGAAUUUGAUAAGGACGCACUUGGCUCUCCCGUCCCCUUCUCAGAGGAGAAGAAGGUGAUAUUUGAUGAGAAGAAGAGCCCUGUUCAGAAACCUGAAAACAUGAUGAUUGAUACAUCCGCCAAUGAUGGUCCUGUUGCAGUAGAGAGCAACAAACUGGAAGGAGAAAUGAAUAAAGGGAAGCAGGCAUCGCCAACCUCAACUGUUACCCCCACGACAAAUAAACCAGCGAAGAAGCGCAUUACUCCUAUGGCAAUAGAUCCUUGACAGCUAUUACACUGGCCUUUAGCUUUUCCGAAUGGUCUUCAUUCCAGGUUUUCUUUCAGAUGACAUAUACUGGUUCCUCGUUUAUUAGCAACAGAGGGAAACACUCCUGGUCGGCGCUCCUAUAACGCCGCACGCUCGUCCAUAGUAUUUUUGCUGGAAAUAUCGAGGGAGAUGUCAAGAUAUACAAUAUGGGAUGGAGCAAACCAUGUUGUGAUCAAACUAAAUGAGUUGAUUUUGUUUAUAGCAUCAAUAGUAUACUCUAAUGGUAGUAUUGUGUUUAGAAGAAUGUCACUGGUUUUGUAUAAUUUGAAGCUGAGCCAGAAGUCAAGGUUUCAAUUUCGUAUUUUAGCCAGGAGUCCAAAUGGGCCGGACCGAGUUGGGCUUCACUAGUCAUGGAUUGGCCCAUAUAGGAAACGGCCUACUCAAGCUCGCAAGCUCUAGAUUCCUAAUCCAUCGUACGAUCCUAAUUAGGAUUAAUAUGAUUAUAACAUGGCACUCUGUUGUGACCAGCGGAUCAUUUUAAGAGAGACCACAGCUGAUCAUUGCUCGUUCAGCCAA